AGCAGCAGCAGCAGCAGUAGCAGAGUGUUUCUAGCAGGGGGGAUCAUGGUCCUGAGCCGCUACCUCCUGCUGCUCUUUCUCGUGGCCCUGCCAGCCCAGAAUGCCCAGAGUGCUCCAGCAGCUGGGCAGGGAGCAGUUGUGGACACAGAGAGUGCUCUUUCAGCCCCUGAGCGAGGGGCAGAUACCGUGCUGACUCCGAGCUGGUACCUCAAGCGGAUGAACGAUGACAAGGUUCCUGAAGAGUUUCCUGAAGGAUUGCCGGAUGUUCCAGAGGAGCUCCUGGCAGCCUUGCAUGAAGCCCCAUCUGAGACAGAUUCUGAGACUGUGCCGGAGACCUUAGCAGUGGAAGAAAGUGACACUGUGCCAGGCUCACAUGAAAAAAGAGAACCAAUAGAGGACACCAGGACACUUGCUGAGCCUGAGGAAUAUUCAGGGUCAUCCGCUGGGCAAAAAGCCGAGACUGCUGGACACCGUGACCCGAGCAAGUACUACAUCCUAGUAGGGACAGUAGCAGCCUCAGCUUUGCUUCUGCUUGGGGCAGUGUCUGGCUAUCUAGUCAUGCAUCAGCUGCUGAAGAGAGACAGGAGGAGCCAGGAGGACAAAGAGGCAACAGGACAGGACUGGGACUCUUCCUGGCAAAGCUGUGGUCAGCCUAGAGGUGAAGCAGAGUCAGGAGAAGGAGCGGGAAGUGGUGAGAGAGCCCAAGGCAACGGGUUCAGGGACAGCUGCCGCCUGUUUCCUGAGCUCUUUGCAGCAGAGCUCGCCCAGCUGUACAAGAACAUGAGCGCAGACCAGUCACCUCUGCCCACCUGCUCCUUCUGUGCUCUGGCUGACAACGCCUCUUCACGGGACCACUGGAUUUCCCUGGAGUCACCUCAGCCCACAGCAUCCUCUUGGCCCUCCUACCAAUACCUGCAGGACUACUAUCUCUUAGAGGAUGAUGAUUAGUGAUAGUGAUAGAUGAUUAGUGAUAGUGAUAGCCAUAAAUAGUGAUAGUGGUAGUGAUUCUUUUAGUGCUAGUGAUAGGGAUACUUGAUAUUAGAGGGUGGUGGUUGUUUUAAUGAUAGCGAUAGUUAAUAUUAGAGGAUAGUGAUGGUUUUAAUGAUAGCGUUAUUUGAUAUUAGAGGACAGUGAUUGUAUUUAGCGAUAGUGAUAGUUAAUAUUGGAGGAUGGUGAUUGUUUUUGUGAUAGUGGUACAUUUAGUGGUAGUGAUACUUGGUAUUAGCAGACAAUGAUUGUUUUCUUGAUCUUGAUAAAUAAAUAUUUUUCCAAAAGCAGUAA